CUGACUGUGUGGUGCUAUUGUCAGUGUCACUCCGUGUUAAUCGUUGCUGCGAUUGUUAAUCGUUGCCGCGAUUAUUGAUAUUUCAAUUCUGGCUUGGUCAUUGUGUACGAUCAUACUGGUUAUAGUUUUUGUAAUUGUGUGUGGCUAAAAGCGUGCUGGAGGAUGGAUUACAGUUAUUCCAUGUACAUUUCACUGAUAGCUUCUAUCCUGUAGCAUCUAGUGUAGCAUUGCUAAUACGUGUACCGGUAUACUAUGUAUCAUAGCACAAUAAAGCAUUUGAUGUGAAUGAGUGUCGCUCUCCUUUGACAAUGAUGACUUCCAUUUUUGGAUAACUUGAGAAUUUCAGCAACAUGCACAUCCAUUUCGAGGAGCUUAACACAACGCGGAGUGACUGUACAAUUCAGACCCUCUCGUGGAUGGGAAAGGUCCCUGAUGGUGCUCCGGAGGAGGACGGCUGGAAGCUCAAUAGGCAACAUUACUAUCAGGAAGGGUGGUUAUCGGCCGGCAACGUUAAAGGCAUAGUCAGCGCAACAUUUACCACUUGUCAUUGUCGCACAGCUGUUGAGCCACCCCCCAGGACUAACUUCAAUCUACGGGGACACAGAAAUGAGGUGAUCCUAGUCAAAUGGAAUGAACCCUAUCAAAAGCUGGCGACCUGUGAUGCCAAUGGAGUCAUCUUUGUCUGGAUUAAGCAUGAGGGACGAUGGUCAGUCGAGCUCAUUAACGACAGGAACAGCCCGGUGACUGACUUUGCGUGGUCUCACGAUGGACGCAUGGCCCUCAUCUGUUACCAGGACGGUUUCGUCUUGGUAGGUUCUGUGGCCGGUCAGAGGUACUGGUCCACCAUGCUCAAUUUGGAGAAUGCAACUAUCACGUGUGGGAUCUGGGCACCAAAUGAUCAAAAGCAGGUCUUAUUUGGUACAACCGACGGCCACAUCAUCGUGAUGAGUUCAACAGGUGCUAUGGUAACUCACGAAGCCAUCCUAGAGGGCGCCGAGAUCUCCAACAUGGCGUUUUCGUGCGAGAAAUUCAACAUGGAUGAGAACGAGAAUGAAGAGAUCAGUACCGAUAGUGAGAAAGAUCUCGGUAUAGGGCACACGUUAGCGGUCAGUUUCCGUCAUGGUGUCAUCUAUCUUAUGUCUGGUUAUGAUGACAUCUGCCCCAGGGUCGUCCAGACUGGACUCACAGGUCUGAAGAUCGAAUGGACAAAUGAUGGUGACUUGCUUGCUGUUGGUGGCUUCAUCCGUAUGCCCAACUUGGAGUGUGCCAAUACUAUCAAAUUCUAUACUGCUGCUGGUGAACUUAGGUAUUCUAUACGCAUGCCUUCACAGGGAAAACCUCUAACUGCUUUAACAUGGGGUCACAAUGACAAACGCCUCUUCCUGGCUACUGGGUGCUAUGUUCACGUCGCUUGGGUUCACAAGACGGUGGCCUCCCUCCAGUUCCUUACUCAACAAGCCAUCAAGUCAUGUCUCAAGGACGAGCCUGCUGUGCAGAAGACUCCAUUACCUGCUGCUCUUAGGUCCAGUGUUGGGGCCCUCUUCUCAACAACUAUUAAGGGUUAUCUUCCAAACGCUUUCCGUCUGCGUGAAUUUGUGAGUUUGCCGCCCCCAAGUAACGAGCGUUUGUACUGUACGAUGGUGCGCCAUGGAGAGGAGACCUCUGGUGGCUAUUAUACUCUCUACAUGGAAUAUCUUGGUGGACUCAUACCGCUGCUGAAGGGAAAACGUGCCAGUAAACUUCGGCCUGAGUUUGUGAUUUAUGACCCCAAAAUAAAGAUAUCAAACAGAAGAAUCAUUCGUGAGAGAGACCAAGAGCAUGAUAUCUUCAACAGUACCUCCAGCAGCAGUGAGUUGGACUCGGACCAAGAAAUUGUUAUCGACGGAUGUGGCUCACCUCGUAUGCGACGGAAAAGACGGCUGAGACAGUGCCGUAACGACAGGAUGCAGAGGAAUAACUUCAAGACACUCGAUGAGCUGCUCUACGAUGACAACCUUCCUGAGAGUCAUAAACUAGUAGAAGUCACUUCCAAUAUUUGGGGCACCAAGUUCAAACUGCACGGCCUCGCCUCCUACCUACCGAUCGAUUUGGGCCACGUGAUCUACAAGACGAGUCUCCUCCACCUACAACCGCGCCAGAUGACUGUGACAAUCACCGAGCUAAGCCGUGACAUGCAGCGCUACAGUAAUCAGGAUAUCAGUUUCAGUCCGCACAGCUUUUCGGAAGACGACGAUGAAUCGAUUCAGAUUGAGUCAUUAGAAAAUGAUAACCAACGCCCAUGUAAUCUACCGGCUACAGAGAUAGUAGCGCCCAUUGUUCCAGAGACAUGCGUCACUCCAAGCCCAGUUAACGGAACUACGCCAAAUUUCCUUAUGGGUCCCACCGUUCCAGUUAUUGUCGAAAGCCAUGCUGCUUUCGUAGAACCAGAAUCGGAAAAAGCUGAGGUGGAACUAAUGGCGUUGGAUAUGAAACGAUCAAGUUCAUCAGAGUAUUCGAUUCACAGUCAUCGACUGCUUUUGACUAAAUCGAGUUCGGGCGCUUCCAUAUCCAUUGCCUCUUCGACUGAUAAAAAUGAUACUGCUGUGAAUGGUGCAUCUUGUGGUGUUGGGGUUGUCACCAAUUCUUUAGAGAAAGUUGAAAUGACCACCAAGGAGGAAUUAAAUGGAGAUUUAUCGGACUCGGAACGGACAGAAAUUCAGAUUAAGGAUAACAAGCCUAAAAUGACAAACUCCGGCAGUAAAACAAGUUUAAAAUCGUAUGGACGGAGUCGUAGUUUGGAGUACAUAUUUGAUAUUGAUGCAAAAUCAUGCACUUCCAAUUCUGUAGAGUCCCCUAAAGUUUCUACUGUUCAAACGUAUUUACGGGUGAAACGUGCAUCAUUAGACUCGCGGUCGGAAGCGUUCCGUGAGGCACACUCAAGCUCUGUCCAUCCCCACCCACGUUAUAAAGGUGACGCGGUCCGUAGCUCCUCGGUCCCCACCACACCAACAAAGUCUUUAAAGAAAAAGCUAGGACGGACUGAUCUACUUAGCAAACACAAGAUACAGAGCCCUCUAUUGCAGAGGAGGUUAAGGCAUUUCCGGCCGGUUGAAUCGUCCGACGAUGAGGCAGUGUGUAGUGAGAGUGAGAUUAUGACGUGUCACAAUUAUAAGGAUCUUGAACAUUUCCAGAAGGCACAACUCAGGCAAAAGUUACGUAAAGCCCGCCGAGGAGAAUGCGAACGCGGUUUCUCCACCGGUCUCAAACAAUUCGUCAUGCACAACAAGGCACCGCUAUGGAAUGAAAACAGUCAGGUUUAUCAGUUGGACUUCGGUGGUCGGGUCACCCAAGAAUCUGCCAAGAACUUCCAGAUUGAAUUUCGAGGAAAACAGGUGCCAAAUCCAGCGGUGAUGCAGUUCGGCCGCAUUGACAGCAACGCAUACACACUCGACUUCCAGUAUCCAUUUACAGCCAUCCAAGCCUUUGCAGUGGCACUUGCCAAUGUGACGCAACGUCUCAAAUGAUGUCCGUCUCUGUAUCUAUUCGCAAAUGAUGUCAGUCGCUUACUGCGAUGUUGCCUUUUCACUAUUCUUAAUCAGGAACAGAUUUGUGUGGCCUCAGCUCUGGCAACACUAGUAACAGAAAACCAUAGUGGAAAGACUGACAUCUGUAAGAGAAUGACAUGCUAUAAUGUAUGUACAACUGGUACUUAUUGUAUUGUUGUUUGAUGUUUGCUGUUUUCAUGAGUAUGUUUAAGGCACAAAGUAGCCUUCAGGACUUAAUGUUCUUGGACAGAUACCAGUCCUGGUAAUGCGAGGUCGUAGAUUAUGACUCGGUCAGUCUUUCAAAUCUACUUUCAGUGCUUAUUAGAGACGUAGAUGAAAUUGAAAACCUGACAGGCCAUCUGAUGUAGAUUGUCGGACUUAAAUUGAAGGGUGUUUGUUUCAUGAAGAGUUUCAAAACUGUAAAUUACUGCAAAACUGGUCAGGAGCCAUCUAGACUUCACAAGAACAGUAUGGUUCCUUUACAAGUAGGGUACUUCUGCCUUGCAAAAUAAAAUGUGAUAGCGCCUGACUGUCUUUUGAGAAACUUGAAGGUCCUUUUUACUCCAUGUUGAAUGCAUCUUGAACUUGUGAAGUCCGUAGCUCUUCUUAAACUGGGAGAUGAGUACAUGUACAUGAAUCUGAUACUUUUGUAUUGAAUUCUAUUGGCUAUUUAUUUUCUAAAUUAAGUAUAAUUUAUAAAAUUAGAAAUGUUGCUAGGACACUGCCUGUGUGCAUUUAUACUGAAUGAUGUUGAUGUUUUUGUUAUUGUAUGUUAUUAUAUAAUUGUAUGACUGUUGAAGACCUACCAUAGGCCAAGAUAUUAUGCCAUCAUGUUAUUUCACUCUCAGUUGAAAGACUGUUUUAUACCAAGACGUACACGAGGGAUCAGGAUACAUUUUAUCAGGCAUUGUCAAAACAACCCUUCAUAACCAGAAUUAGCCUCACGAGCAAGUGGUUAUGAGCUAAUCCCGAAUUAUUUGAACAAGGAGUGAAAUAAUGUAGUGAUUACUAUCUGCUAAAGUGGGGCAGGGAAUAAAAAAAAUUCCAGAAGAAUUCCAGGUGCUGCAUGUUUAUUGAGGGAGUUUAUUCCAUUAGACUUUCAAAGAUCUGACAUCUAUAAAAAUGCAUUCCGUAUUCUAGUGACGAUUCCAUAUUUAGAUCAAAAUAUUUUAUCCAGUAAAAAUACAUUCCGGUCAGUGAUUAUGAAAUUAAAAUUGAAAUGGCCAAACAUUCCCAUUAGAUAAUGAGAUGAUGAAAGUUUUUAAAAUGUCUAAGUUGUUUUUAGGUGUGCUGUACACUUUCAUCUACAUGUAAGUUUCAGUCACAAGUAGUUAAACUGAAGGCAAGGUAACGUUUAUUUAGUUUGUGUAGUUUCCUUUGGGCUAAUUGCCUUUCACUAUUGGGACAGUUUUGCAAAGUAAAUCAGUACCAUAUCAGUAAAGAAAAUUCUUUUUGAUUUUCAAUCGCCAGAUAUAAAAAACUUCAAGGGUGUCAACCAAAGACAGGUCAGUAUUACAAGACUAUUUCCAAAUAGAUUUAAGGACCAUGCAUGCAAAUUAAAGGGAACUGAAACCGCCAAGCCAGUUCGUAUGACCUCGUUUUCAUUUCCCGCGUAUCGGGUGAUCAGAACAAGGCAUGAAUGAAACAUGGCGCCUAGCUGUCAAUCAUUGAGUGACGUCACUACUAUGGAAUUUACUACGAAAACUCAUGAAUGAAAGAUCGCAUGACUCACGUGAUUCUCACAUGAUUCUCAAUAAUAACAAAUUGAACUGCGCAUGCUCGGGCACUGGGGGCGGAGCUACAAAUCUGAACUCGAAUAGGAAGUUGGAAGUUUGACUUUCUCGGGCGGUGAAAGUCGAAAAGUUGAAUAAAUCGCUCGGCGGUUCCAGUUCCCUUUAAGGAGCGAUUUAAAUUGCUGCCAUCUGCGACAUAUGCAACAGAAUUUGUUUGUAUGUGGUACCCAUGGUGGACUACAACAGUAAUCUGUCAUUGAUCGAUGUAUAAUACUUGCAAUGAAUAUAUUUAAAUCAAAUUUACAUUGGCAGGGACACUUAGAAAAUGUCAUGGUUUACUGUAUUCUGUUGCAUUUAUUCAUUUGAAUGAAUGCAACAGUUGAGAUAAUAGUCGUUAUGAAUAAUUCAAGCAUAAAGUAUGAAAAACUACAUGUGAGGAUUCAGCUGUAAAAUUGAUAUGAAACAGUACAUGUGAAGGUUGAGCAGUAAAAUAUGAAACAGUAUGUAUGUUUAAGUAUUCUAUGUGUAAAUUGAUACAUGUAGUUGUAUUAUAAUGGGCCAAUGUUGUUGAGGACAGCUUUACAAAGAACAAAUGGGGCUAAAAUGGGUGUAAAAAGAGCAUUAAGAUCAAUGUUGUCUCAACCAUGUUUCAAGUUUACUUGACUUACGUCAACUGUGAAUUUGUUUGGAUGCAGCCAACUCGAGGUCAACUGAACUUGGGAUCAUGGUCCGAUGUUAUUAAGGUGAGUUUGAGACUUUUCUAAUUUACAUCAAUUGUCAGAUUUAUUUUUUAUAAAUUUGCCUGGGAUGUACUUUUUAUUGAAACUUGGUUUCACAUAUUUUUAAGAAGACAAGUGUAUAUAUAAUGUUAUUAUUUGAGUACUGAUGACUGAUUGAAUACUUUGAAUCAAUGAACUCAUACAAGUUUUAUGUAGUAAACAGCAGACAAGCUCAUUAGACACUCCAAGAAAGACCCCAUUGUGACUGACAAGUGUGUGCUAUCCUUGGAGGUGUCCUGACAUCAUCCACCACGACGCUUCAUCAUGAAAUUGAAAUACAUUUAUAAGGUAAAAAUAGUCCUUACAGAGAAAGACAAAGACAGCUGGCAGAUUUUUAUCAUAAUUUUGACUUCUUCUGAUUUAGCUGCCACUGAUGCCCUUUGCUAGGACUGUGGUGGGGCCAUAACUCCGGUUACUGCUUUUUCUCAUGUGGAAAUGCUCGAUCAUUGCAAAAUAAUAGAAUUUGGCUACAGUCUUCAACUCUGUUGUGCAUCUGUUUAUUGUCCUGUUCCUGCAAACUGGAGGAGGAUAAGAAUGAAUAAAGAACAAAUGAAUGUAGUGAA